CUCCGUGUGGGUAUAUAUAGCCAGCACGGAGCUGCUUACCACCAUCCUCACCAGAUCCCCAAACCCUCAACAUGAAAUUCGUGGUCCUCGCCUGCCUGCUGGCCGUGGCGGCCGCCCGCCCCGACAAGGACGCCACCAUCGUUGUGGACGAGCGCACUGACAACGGCGACGGAAACUUCUUCUACAACGUGCAGACCAGCAACGGCAUUGAGAGCUCCAAGACUGGCACCCCGGGGGCUGAGGGCCAGAGCAACUUCCAGGGCUCUUUCAGGUUCCCCCUCGAAGACGGCACCUUUGCUGAGGUUCGCUUCGUGGCUAACGAGUUCGGCUACCAGCCCGAGUCUGACCUUCUGCCCGUCGGCCCUGAGAUUCCCGAGCACGUGUAUGAGCUUCUCCGCAUCGCCGAGGAGCAGCGCGCCGCGGGCAUCACCUUCGACAGGAAGUAAAGUGCCCCACUGACCCUCGCCUCCUCCACACACUGUCCCUCACAAUUCACGGCACCACGGCAGCAGCGGGGGGACUUGGCCACACACUCUUGCGCUGCCGUGGCCGCGAUAAACGCCUCAUACUUUUGCAUAUGAACUAUUGUUGUGCCCCGCUGUGAAUGAAGUCCCGCCUGCUUCCAUCAACGCAGGAAUAAAUCAAUAAAGGAAUAUGCAAA